UGUCAUAAACAGCUGUAUUUUUUUUACAAAUAGUCAACAAUUGGUCAACAAUACGUUUUUUACUAGUAAUUAGGUAUUUGCAAAAUUAAAAAUGAAUGAGGAAAUAGAUGAAUACGAUAUUUACCAUCAAGAUUUUACAACUGCUUCAGAAUGGGAAGUAUUAAUAGCACGAUUAGAAGAGAUAAUCGUUGAAUGGAAUUUAUCUAAAUCCAAAUUAACUAAAACAUGCCCAGAAUACACAAAGAAAUGGAUUGCAAAAUCAGAAGAUUUAAAGUUUCGUGGCUUGAGUUUUACAAUGACAUAUAACGCGCUUGAACCUCUUAAAAGCCAAGACGGUGAAAGGGAACCGGAGGAACAAUCUUUGUUGACUGAAAUCCAGCAGGGUCUUUGGGAUUCCACAACAAACUUCAUGGAUAAUGUUGAUGGAAGCCCUUUUCCAGUAUCAAAUUGGUUUGGACUCAAAAGAUACCUAAUGUUAUAUCCUAAAGCUCCACUCACAGAUGGCAGCCUAAUUAAACUCAUUAUGAGUUCAGUCCAUAUUGCAUUUUCAAUAAUAGAUUGUGGCAUUCCAUUUUUCGUUAAAAUAAGGGAACAUUGGCAACACACUUACCUAGGGAUUUUCGAAGACAAUGAUUAUAAAGUAAGCUUUGACGUUAUACACUUGAAGCGUAUAUCAAAUCAGUGUUCACAUCUUAGUGGCCUUGUGAGCUUAUUUAAGUCUAAGAUAUCAUCACCUGUGCCUCUCGAUGCAGUUGUUAUAUCCACAAAAUUUUCUUAUGAGCUCAAAGAUUCAGAUUCUUUCACUUGGAGAAAGAGAACACAUUCCAAUGAGUUCCUAUCGAUAGAUGGCUUUGAUGUUAAAAAGUUAAUUGAGCUACCUUUUGGGUCCGAGAACAAUCCUUUACACAGUGCUUUAUUGAAUGCAAUUUGGCCACAUUUCCGUGAAAGUGCAAUAGUUGAUUCUUCUACAUUCUCAGAUAUUGAUCCCAUUAUGGCACCAACAUGGACUAUCACACUUAAGUUGAGAAGCAACAUUAAUUGUCUGCUGUCAGAAAUUAUUAGAAAGAUGAUGAAUUUAUUAGACAAUGAUAGUUUACUCAUGGAUGUUCUCGGCCUGAGCAGAAGUCUGGGCUUAGUCAACCCUUUGAACAAAAUCACAGAAGCCCCUAUUACAAUUUCUAAACUGGUGAAAGCUGCAGUAGGCAGAAACACUCACUUUUCAGAGUUCAAAGGGCCAAUAUCUGAUGACCUGUUGAUGCCCCUGCUGUACUAUGUGUUCCCUGAUGCUGUGGAAGACAAUACUUUUCCAUAUCCCGAAACAUUGGAAGUUGAAAGUAAAAAGGAUGGCGCUGAAUCAAAGUUAUGUAGUUACGUGAAGACGAGCCCUGAGGAUGGUCUGGUGUGGCGGCUGUCCGUCACUUCAGCACGGUUGAUGGACGCCGGGGGCCUGCCGUACCUCGCACACUUCUGGUAUGAGUUCACUCAAGAGCUGCAAUAUAGAUGGGAGCACAGGAUACUUGUGCCUGGAGUGGUGGAUGGUGCCCCGAAUGCUCGCUCGUGUCUGCUUCAUCAGAAGUUGCAACUUCUGAAUUGCUGUAUCAAACGAGCACAAGAAGGAUCUGGUGCAGCAGGGUACUCUUCGGACGAGGAGUUCUUUGACUGUUCAGAGGAUGAAGGGGCGGAGGAUCAGUUGCCCUGGGACCGGCCUGUAGGGCGUCUUCAUCGGCUAGAUAAUAUUACAAUGAAAAAUGGAGCACCCCUCUACGUUCCCCGUACACAGGACCCAGCACCAAAAACUGAAGACCAAUUGGAAGAAGAUGCUGAACUUAUGGUGCGCCUCGGUGAUGAUGCUAAAGCGUCGGAACUUCGCGCCAGAAUGAUGAGCGCUUCCCUUCUAUCGGAUAUGGAAGCAUUCAAGGCGGCUAAUCCGGGUGCAGAGUUGUGUGAUUUCGUGCAUUGGUAUUCUCCGCGUGACUGGAAGCCGGAUGAAGGUGGGUCUCUAGGAGAUCGAAUGCUUCUGCCGGGAAAUCCUUGGGUAGAAGCUUGGAACGUCGCGCGGCCCGUACCCUCGGCGCGACAGAGGCGUCUCUUCGACGAGACGCGCGAAGCUGAGCAGGUCUUACAUUUUCUGCGGUCACGCACGAUUGGUGGCGUGGCCGAACUUUUGUUACCCGCUAUUUUAAGAGCAGGUGCUAUAAAAGCUAUCGCUGAGGGCGCUCCGGCAACGAAUUCAACUAUUGGUGGUGUAGAUAAACGACGAACUUUUGAAGUAGCAGCGAGGGAAUUAUUAGAAGCUGAAAGAGAAGCUUGUCGCUCUAUUUGUGUUCGUAAAGUAUUAGGCAAUAGUGCCGAAGGGAAACCGUUAGAUGUAGCUGGUAGAUCCAGGGUUUUAAAUGCAAUGGGCGGUGCUUUGCCCGCGCCAGCCUUACGGGAAUUCACUUUGAGGGUGAAAGACGAAGUCGGGCCGCAAGUGAUGCGAGCUGCUCUCUCUAAUGAAAUGACUAUUAUCGGAGCAUUUACUGAGCGCAUAGUAUGUUUGUAGUUACAAGUCUUAUACAGGAUAUUUCACGAUCAUAUAUUAAUUAAGAAUGUCAAUUUUAAAAACUUAUGACUAAUGUAAAAAAAAAAUUAAAGUUUUGUGAUAUCUUGUGGAAUUGCUUGAUUCAUAGUUUCUUAAUUUAAGAGCUUGCAGAUGGAAUAAGAAUUUGUUAUUAUCUUUUCAUAUUAAGUAUAAGUUUGCAAGCUUAAUAACGUAGUUUUGUUAGUACUAUUAUUAUAAUGUUAUAUUUUGUUAAAAAGAUAGGUAUUAAAUUUUUCGAAACAAAACACAUUUGUAUUUAUUAGUCAGUAAAAGGUUUGUUGUAAUAAGUAUGGAGACAGUUUUGUGAUCGCCUAGGCCUAAGAAAGAUGUUGACUGAGUUAAAAUAUGUUGUCAAUAGUAAAUAAUUAGAUAGAUUUCAAUUUUUGAAUUAGCCAUAAAUGCUAGAAUUGCUAGUUUAUUGUAUACAGAUUUUAUUGGCGUCAUCAUAAUUGAUGAUUUUCUCUAAACUUAAUUUAGAGUAUCUGCAUCUUUUUUUUAAUAUUGCUAAAAAAGGACGGAAAAUGAUUUUUAAAUUGAAGACUCUAAAUAGUAUACAAACAGUAGGCUCACGACUGGCGCCUAAAGUGACGAAGUUUGACAGUUGUGAAUUAAAUUAAGUUGUUUUUGUUCGUGCCUGUCCUUUUCUUAUUACAUUGGUAAGAAAAAGAUGCGAAUACUCUAUUUAGUUGCAAUCAGAAUCAGUACCAAUGUUUGUAAAAUAGGUAGUCUCGUUGGACGUUGCUAUUAUUCGUAAGAGUUAAAUGUUAUAAGAAUGAUGUUUCUUAUGAGUGCAGUUAUCAUACCUUUAUUUCUGUAUUUAUUCAACAUAUAAACUGUCUAGUAUGCAAAAAGAGUUCUUAUAAGUUGUGAAUAAUAGAGAUUUAUGAUAGAGACUCUGCACAAGUAAACUCAUUUUAGGAACAGCGCUGUUGUUGUUAAUAUGUAAAUUUUAUACAGAGAUAACAUGAAUAUACAUACGAAUAUUACAA